CUUUGAAGGAUGCAGAAGCUUUCCUCGAGUUUCGUUUGAGCCUGUGCCAGCUCAUAUUCAUGCUUCAACUGAUCCUAGUCCUUUACUACCUAUUUGGUCCCUGUCGCGUCAAACUACUUGCCACUGUACCAAAACGCCCGCUGAGGAGGUCGAUCGCGUCAGCAUCUUCCAAUGGCGACUUGUCGGAUCCCUGCACUUCUUACAUUGCUGACUGUGGCCGCCCUCAGCCUGUCUAAGGCUGCAGGCCAGAGUUGCCCCUCUGCGACUCCCAACACCUGCUUCAAUGCCCCGGGUACUGCCUCCAUUUGCUGCCCUGGGAGCUGCGGUGCCAGCACGGGCCCCAAUGGAAUGACCGCCACAUGUGCGGGUGCUGCGACGCCUACCUUAUCCAACCGUGCUAUUUUCAACUUUACGGAAGCUAACACUAAUUGCGAAGGCCAAGCAGCCGCCCCAGGGCAGGGCAACACCUUUGGUGACUGGUGUACUUACAUUGCCCCCCUGGUGGAUGAGAGCAACAACGUGAUCGGGAAUACCACUUACUUGAUCAGCAACUACCGCACAUCGACACCCUCGGGCAACUAUUAUGAGCUCAACAUUGAGACCUUCUUCUUUGGCCCCGACGACUCUGGCAAGACGGACAGCAUCAGCAUUUAUGGAGUCCUGCUAGCUGAGGAAACAGAGCUGAUCGUUCUCGGAGGCACAGGGAAGUACCGUGGAGCCAAGGGAUACGUGCUGACCCGGCCGGCUGAGUGUAACGACGCGGGAGAUGUUUGCUAUUUUCCCAAGGACUUUUUCUUGGUCUAACUAGAAUCUCGUUUGUGGACAACUACUGUAGGCACUUUUUGUGUUGGCUGCAGGGUCAAAGAAAAUGAGCUGAGACUCUACUUGGAGUUGAUGUAACGUACAGGUACGAGUUCUGCGGCUAGUUAAUUUCCGACAUCUGAGGAUGAGGAGCUUACUGGUUCUUUGCCCCGAUCCUAGAUUGACAUGUAAGUUAGCUCUAAGAGGGUAAUGGGCUGAAUUUCUGAACCAUGACUAACCAGGUACGAAUUGAGGUCAUCUUAUCGCGC